AAAUAAAAUGGAAAAGAAUCAGCUCACAACAUUACAACUGUACAACCCUGAGCAUGUGCUUGAGAAGAAGAUGGCUACCAAGAAAGAUAUCCAAGAGAAGCAGGAUGCCAAUAGACAGAUGGCUACUGACCAAGCUGCAGUGAGAGCAAUGGAAGAACUGGUCAAUAUCGUAGAUGUCCAGGAGAGAAAAGAGCUAGAAGCUCAUAAUAAACGAGUAGAGGACUAUAAAUAAGGAACAAGAAAUGCAGAGGAAAAAGAAAGAAGCAGAUAUCCUCGAAGUGAGGGAGACCCUUCAUAGACAAGUAAAAGAGAAGAAACAAAAUGCUGAAGAUAUCAAGAAGAUUAACAAGGCUCAUGAUCAGAUCAUCCUUAACUGUCCUAAAGAGGUUGUAUCCAUUUAUCCUCCGAUAAGGGAAGCCUCUGAGGAAGAGAAGAAAGCAAAAUUCAAGCAUCAAAUGGAUGAGCUUAAGGAAGGUCUUGAGAAACAAAUGAAGGACAACACCUAUCACAACAAAGAUCUGGUAUUGAAAGAGAAGAAGUUUAUGUAUAAUGAAAACCAGAAGAAAGUCCUCGAAAUGAAGAAGAAUGAGCAACAGGAGAAAGAGAAAAAGAGCAAGGUCUUAAACGAUUACAAGAAGAGUUGGCACAGGGAAGCUCUCACUCGUCAAAUCCAAGCAGAGAUCCAAGAAGAAAUCAAAACUGCACUUGUUAAUGGCGAGGAUAUGGACAAGUUCGAAUUUGAUCAAGAGAAAUUCAAGAAAUUAGAUGAGUGAAAACUUACAGAGGAAGAAGAAACUGAAGUUAACCCAGAUGAUGCAAUCUCUCUAGCCUAUGAUCUGUCUGAAUAUGGUGACAAUAUGAUCAAUAGACUAGUAGAAGAAGGAUCAAAGAAUCAGAGGACAAUUCCUGCAGCCCAACUUAAAGAGAAACUUGAAGCUAUAAUAGAAGAAAAUAACGAAGGUGAAGGAGAAGGGGAUGCUGAAGAUAAAAAUAGUGAAUACAAGCCAAUCACCAAAGCCCAGCUUGCUGCAUAUGAAAAGUUAUUGGAAAAGUUAGGGAAAGAUGUCACCAAAAAUGGCCAGGAAUCCUCCCAAGAGGAUGACACCUCAACUGUGUUGCACACUGUUGCUACUACUGCAUUAUCUAACGGCCAAACUUAUUAUUCAAUGAGGAAGAUCAAAGACUAUCUUCGUAAAAAGGCGAAGGAGGCUAAAAAAAUAGAGAUAGAUCAUGAAGAUAAAGAAGCUUAUGAGAUGAUGAAGAAGCUUGAAAAGAAGCCAAAACAGAAAAUCACUAACCUUUUUAAUCCUAUGUCAGUCCUCAAAGAUAAGCUAGACGAAGAGACAUCAGAGAAUAAGGAAGCAAAGGAGAAGUUCAUGAAGAGAGUAGAAGAACUUACUAGAAAAGAGAAUGAUCCCUACAAAAGGAUCAAGGAAGCAGCAAAAGCAAAGAGAAAGAACCCUGAGAAGGUACACAUGCAAGCUGUUGAAAAGUACCUCAAAGAUCUUGAGUCGAGAGCUAUUGAGGAUAAAAACUUAGCUGUCCAGCAGAGACCUCUAAAUGAAGAGCUUAUUCAAAAACAGUUAUCAACUAAAGGGCUCAGUGCUAAGUUUCAGGAUGUUCAGUGCGAUCUGUGAAUAAUGGGUAUCUCCCACUCUCUCUUUGAAUGUAUGAACCAUCAGCAAAUGAUCAAAGCUAUGAGCACCAAGAAUGCUGCUUUCGAGGUCAAAAGUAUCAUUCAAGGUCAGAUUCGUGAGAAGAGACAGAGGGAGCUGCAAGAGAAGCUCAAUAAAAGACAACCUGGAAUCGAAGGAAAUGAAGGAUAUCCAAGAUGCAAGGAACUUAAUAAGAGCGACAGAAAGCAGUUGAAAGUCAUGAAAGGAGAUGAGCUCAGGCAAGGUCUUAAUAUCCAAGCUGAACACAAAAUACUUGCGCUACGCACACAGAGAGAUAAUGAUAAAAAUGAAGAAUCCAAGGCUAUAAGAGAGAACCUUCAAAAAAUCUUGAAUAAUAAAUAAGCAAGAAGAUAUGAAAUCCAAGACUCAAAGAAUGAUUUUGCAAAAGGAAUGGGACAGAAAUGAGAAAGUAGGAGACCUCAAGAAGGCAAUCCUCAAUAGAAAGAUUACUCCUUAUAACAUUGAGUCUCACCUGAAGGGUAUGGUCGGAAACAUGUCUGCUAAAGAAUACAAAACAUUAGUUGGAGGAAACAAAGUUGAUACAGUGAAAAAGUUCUUCGUUGAAAGUAAUAAGCCAAUUGAGGCUCUACCAGAGAAAUCAGACUUAAAAUUGUCCUAUAAUAUUGCUAAGAAGGACGACCAUGAAAUUAUUGCUUAUGAGACUAGUAGACUUCAUAGAAGAUCCAUGACUGACUUGAAAUUUAACAAGUUUAAUGAGGUGUUGAAUGUAGGUAAAUCUAUGCUUCCUGAUAUCCAUUCAAACAGAGGAGGAAGACAGAGCAUGUCAAAGAUACAUAAAAUAGACUACACCAGACUCAAUCCUAUUAACAAGAAGAGAUUAGACAGAAAACCCACUGAUGAUAUUAAGUUAGUAUAGAUCCAAUCAAAAGAAUU